AAUACGGUUCUAUUUCCAUUCUUAUACAUACGCAUGCGCAGUAGUGUUCCGUAAUCUCUGAUCACUGAGUGUGUGUAGUGGUUUUUUUUUGGCUUGAACUGCAUGGCAUAGCCUACGUUUGUGGUGGUGAAGCAUAUAGGUUAUUCGAAGAAAAGUUACGUUUAGUGGAGAAUUUAUGAACUGAAUCUAAAAAUAGAUUUUGUAAACUUUAAAUGUAGAAACCCUAGAACACUCCCAUUUUAGACUGCUCUAGCUAGUCGGGUGUUCCAAAUAUCUUUCGUUGGCACUGAAUCUAUUCGGGUUAAAUGCACUUUCAGUUCACUUCUGCUCGUCUAUGAGGUGAUGUUACGCUCUUGUCGGCUUUGUGUUUUAGAGAAACGUUUGUUUUGAGUUCUACGAGUGAAUUUGAACUGUUCUACAAUGGCUGCUAAUCUUCCUGAUCCGGUUGCUAAGUGUGUGACAAUACUAAAAGCUGCAAGCAAUGAUACAGAAAAGUUCGCCGCACUGUUUAUGGUGACCAAAUUAGUUAAAGGUCCAAUGUGUGAUUCAGCUUGUAAGAAAGCCCUCUUUGAAGCCAUUGGAUUUAAUUUUCUCAAGAGACUUUUGCUGACAUCUGAUGUUCCUACAGAUUGUCCUCCGUUGGUUUAUAAAUCAGUUGCAAUGUCUGUUUUGUCUAGUUUUUGUAAUGAAAAAGAGCUUGCCUCUCAUCCUGAGAUGCUUAACAAUAUCCCAGUGUUUUUUGAUAUUGUUCAACAAGCUGAUGAUGAUGAUUUUGAUGACUAUUUGAUAAUUGUUAGCGAAGCUUACCAAUGCCUACUUAGUAUAGCGUCGUAUGAAGCUGGACAAAAUGCACUAUUUGAGAUGGGAGCGGUUUCAAAGCUGUCGGAAAUAUACUCUCAACAAAGUUUUCAAACUGAUGAAGCACUGAACAUUCUGGUAUCGCUCGCUAGUCGAUUUGGUCCUGCAGUCUGGCAAGGUGAUAGCCCUAAACCAUUUCACGGCCUCAUGAACAAGAUAGCUUUGGAUUUUGAGACAGAUCAGGAUGAAAGAAAAUUUGAACUAUGUAGUAUUAUGUACUCGUUGCUGUUCAACUGCCAAAAACAGGUUGUAGCUGAAACUGCUGGUGAAGAAUCAUGGAAAGCUUCUAUCUUCAAAGGUUUGAAUGAUAUUCUUACUAGUAAAAUAGGCAAGGCUCAGCGUGACCCUGCAUUGAAAUUAGCUUCUGUUAUUGUUGAUGUCCUUGGAGUGGAGUGGUGUUUGACUGAUGAAAACAAACCGCGCCAAUUCUUCCUACUACUAGUACAGUUGUGCUCAAUAGAAGUUCGUAUGCAGCUCGAAGAUAAAAAUUUCAAAAACAUCAUUGAUAAUGCCGAAUUGGUCUCAGCUUGUUUUGUAUUUCUAGAACAUGCCAUCUCUUUUAUCGCAGCAGAAGCCAACUCAGAUACUUUUGAACUUGAGCAAAAAGAAAAACAGCAAAUAUAUACCGCUCUGAAAGGGGCAUUUGCAGCUGUUAUCAAUGUACUAUCCAAGCUUGCCAAGGAUUCACAGAGCAAUAAGAACACUAAAAUGACUGUGGAAGAAAAAGUUUUUAUCUGUGCUAUGGUCAGAGUAUUAGCAGCAUGGCUGGCCCAAGAGACUCAGGCCAUGCGCAAUGCAAUCUACCAGAUUCUACCCUUCAUACUCGGUUUUGCAAAUGAUACUUUCUAUGCCUAUAGAGCCCGUUACAUAACUGAAAAAGUACGCAUGGAGAACAAAUCUCAGGCCGCUCUGCCAGAUCAAGAUCCUCUGAGUCAGAUAGACGUCCUUCGACUUCUCCUGCCAGCCCUAUGUCAUCUCACUGUUGAAGAUCAGGCGCGUAAAAUCCUACUAGAAGUUAAAGAAGAUGAAGUUUUGCAUGAGUGCCUUGCAUUUCAUUGGUCGAUAGUUCAUUACAAAAAACCUCCUAUACCAAAAUCUGAGAGGAACAAAGUGAAGAAGGAACCAGAAAAAGAACUUCCUGCUAAACUUCUUGAAGAUAUGAAGGACUCGCGAGCAGCUAUGAUCAGCAUUUGUAAUAUAUUCAUGAACAUCACUGUAUUGGAACCAAAGAUGGUUGAGGAGAGUAGUACGUUUGCGACAAUCUUGAAAUUUUUGUUCAACAACCUGCCUGAUUUGAAAAAUAUUGCUGAGAACUUGGUUCUGCACGGUAACAUGGCUGUGUUCGGUCUGCUACUGUUGAAGCAGCACUCAAAACGUGUGAAUAAGAACGACUUUUCGAUCUGCCGGUACAUUCAAGCAACAAUCAGGUUCCUGUGGGAUGCGUUCAACGUGGAUGAGAGCAGUGACAACAGUCUGGUGGUGGCACUGUCCUACAAGGAGAAGUGGAUGGAGCUGAUGGAGUUGUGGUUUCUGGGCAUGCAAACCAUGAGUGCUGUUCUGGGUGCAAUCCCUUGGAUCUCCGAGUUCGCCAUCGAAAGUGGAUGGGUGCAGGGCAUAGUCGAAACACUCAAUAAAGUCAAAAUUGGUGGAAUUCCAUCGAACACAAAGUCUGCUUAUGAAGAUUUCCUGUGUAACCUGGUGGAAGCCAACAACAGUAUCACACAGGUGCUCAAGGAGAACAACGCGCUGGCCAUGUGUCGCAAGCACAGGUUCAUGGAGCUCGGAAAGAAGCUGUUUGGUGACUAAACUCAUUUCCCAUAAGCUGGUGAGCAGCCCGACCUCUUACAUUUCUAAACGGCCAAAUACUGUACUCAUACUUGAACUUCCAAACCCAUCCUCCAUGUCAUAGGUUUCAUAAUAUUUUUUUUAUUUAAUGAUAACUGCAAAGCUAUAUAGUGGUGAUAACAUUAGUUCAAAAUAAAAAAAAAACAUUUAUUUACAGUUUCAAACUAUUAGUGAACUAUGCAAUUCCAAUACUUGAAAAAUAAAUAAAUAUAAGUGAUCAAGUUAAUUCAAGAUCUAGACUUUUGUAAACAGUUUAUCUCUCAAAAAGUGCAUCAACUAUUUAAUUGAAACAAUUAUAAGUUAUCAAUGAUUAUUUGUUACCAUUGCUUCAAUGAAAUUCAUCUAUUUUUGUUGAUAACAAUCAACGUUCUAAACUGAACAUGGUUCAGGGGGCAACAAGAUUAUGCCUUAAGGUCAUGUUUAAAUUGCAGUGCUGCUAAUGGUGGAAAUUCAGAGAAUCAAUUCUUUCCUUGGUUAUGCAAUUUGAUCGGCUAUCAAAAAAAUUGUAUUAUCAUUCACCGCCCUUUGUAUUCUUUUGAAUACCGUACUUCAAUAGACCUAUAAUCAUUUUAUUAUUAUGAACUCAUAAUUACUGAUAAAUAGUCAAAGAUGAAUUUGUCGUGAUAACUCGAUCCAUCGAUGUUUACAAUAGUCGAUUCUUGGCUAUCCUUAUAAGUUGAAUACUGCAUUCAUAUCGGCAUAUUUCGAUUAAUUUCUUGCUUCCGCAUUCGUAACAUGAAUAGACUAGACAGAUAUUAUUUAGCACUUGAACUAUAAUAUACUGCACUGAUUGAUUGUCUAGUAUGUGAAUAAAAUUUGAUUAUUUUUACAUAAACGAAAGUUUAACAUAUUUUAGAAACAUUUAUAAAAAUUUAAUAAUUUUUACUCUUGAAAGACCAAAAAACUAAUAUGAUUGAAAAAUAGGUACUGUUGUUAAAAUAGUAAUUUAUAAAAAUAUAUUCAUUCCCGUGUUGUCCAUCCAUUCUCUUGCACUAUCAAUUUAUCAUUGAAUUUUAAAAAAUUGAAUAAGCUCUUAUAACAAUGACGAUCGUAUUGAUCUAGUGUCAACAUCAGACUGAAGAACUUUUCAGCAUGAUUAUAACUCACAUUGCUAUAAGUAUAAGUAGCCUACUUAUUCCUCAUCAAAAAUGGUUUCAAAUUCAAACUGUUUGCUCACUUGGCACCUAAAAUUUAUUGACAUUUCAAACAUUUUUAGAAUACUAACUCCUUGGGAGCAUCACGUAAAUUAUGAUUGUAUUUAAUUUAUUUUAUUUUCUCUCAUUUGUCAACAAUGUUUGUUUAAAAUGGUGAAAUUCAGAUUAGAGCAGUAUAUGUUGAAUAAUUAUUAUUUCUAGUGCUCAUUUUACUGAGAUAAGGGUGUUCUAAAAUUAUUAUAAUCAAUACGUUGCUAUUCUUAGAUUGAAAUAUUCAUUAUUCACUGAAUUAUGAGGAUUUCACAUCAAAAAACACUGUUUUCUGUAUGUUUUAUGUUCAGCCUACCUUGAGUUGGGAAAUUUCUCUUGAAACUAAACUUUGAAUCACCAACUUCCCAAUAUUUUAAACUCUUAAAUUCUCAAUACAGUAGUAGAAUAUCAGGCUAUCUACAAUAGAUUCUACAUUUCAUAAGAUUAAUUUCAAAACCUGUAUGGGGAGAGGUGCUAAAAAUUUGAAAAAAUAUUUACGCUGUUGAUCAUAAUGAUAAUGUAAAAUAAUUAUACAUGAUCACAACAAUAAUUGCUUUGCUGAUCAGAAAAAAUAUUAGAUUUUUCCUAGGUGAAAUGCCUAGACUAAGUACCUACUAAUUCAAGCAAUCUUAGGUUUUGAUGUAAAUAUAUUGUAUAAUGAGGCUAACUUAUUAGUUUUACUGUAUCUCUACAAUAGUACAAAGUUACUAAUCAAAUAAGUACAAAUUCUAUGUAUUGAUUUGUUGGGAAAAAUAUUCAUUUAUGCUGUACAAUUUGAUAUUUCUGAGUGCUUUUUAGUCUGAGAAUAUUUAUAUGAAAGUAUUUUUAUGACUUCAUAGAUUUUUCUAAUAAAGCAAAUAUUAUGUCAGUAUUUGAAAUUUUCAUUAAAUAUCGUCUGAUAAAAUAACUCAUUUUCUAAAUAUCGUCUGAUAAAAUAACUCAUUUUCUUAAUAAGUUAAAAGAUAAUUAAUUGUGCAGAAAAAAUUCGGAAAUUUUUGUUCGAGACUUGUUGAGGUACAACAAUUAUGAAACAUUUCAUGUAUUUUCAACUAUCAUUCAUUUUUGUGCGUUGUCUCCAUAGAUGAAUUUUUAUGCUUUUUAAAUUUUGUACUGUAAUGCUUUAAUUUUGUAAAUAAAUUUCUCAAUCUCA